GGCCUGGUCUCUAUCGAAAUGUCGCCGCCGAAGAACUGCGCGGUGUGCGGGGACAAGGCGUUGGGGUACAACUUCAACGCCGUCACCUGCGAGAGCUGCAAAGCCUUCUUUCGCCGAAAUGCCCUGGCCAAGAAACAGUUCACCUGCCCGUUUAACCAGAACUGCGACAUCACCGUGGUCACCCGCCGCUUCUGCCAAAAGUGCCGCCUUCGAAAAUGCCUCGACAUUGGCAUGAAAAGCGAGAAUAUUAUGUCGGAGGAGGACAAGCUGAUCAAGCGGCGUAAGAUUGAGACAAACAGGGCCAAGCGCCGACUAAUGGAGAACGGAGUCGUGGACACUGGCGAGGGCGAACCAACCAGCGGCGACAACAAAGCCCAAGCGGACAGCAGCAGCAGUAACAUAGAGCUCUACUCUGGCUCACAGGACUCCCAGAGUUGCGGUUCAAUGGAUAGCGGCGCCAAUGGCUGUGUCACUGGAAACGGCAGCCCAGCGGGAGUCCAGGUCAAUCCCAUGGAGAUGACGGCCGAGAAGAUUGUUGAGCAGAUCGUGUCGGAUCCGGAUCGGGCUUCGCAAACCAUCAACCGGUUGAUGCGCACCCAAAAGGAGGCUAUUUCCGUGAUGGAGAAGGUGAUCAGCUCGCAAAAGGACGCUCUGAAGCUGGUGUCGCAUCUGAUUGACUAUCCAGGCGACGCUCUCAAAAUCAUCAGCAAAUUCAUGAACUCGCCUUUCAACGCGCUCACAGUAUUUACAAAAUUCAUGAGCUCGCCCACGGACGGCGUGGAGAUUAUAUCAAAGAUUGUCGACUCGCCGGCUGACGUGGUUGAGUUUAUGCAAAACCUGAUGCAUUCGCCAGAAGAUGCCAUUGACAUUAUGAACAAAUUCAUGAACACGCCGGCGGAGGCGUUGCGAAUCCUUAACCGCAUCCUGAGCGGAGGUGGGGCCAGUGUAGCUCAACAGACCUCGGACCGCAAGCCAUUGCUGGAAAAGGAGCCGACGGCUAAAGCGGAUCUACCGGCGGAGCGCGUAGACACUGUGAUCCAGAGCAUGCUGGGCAGUGGUAGUCCACCGAUAUCGCCGCAAGAUUCAGCCGCCGCUUUGGAUCUGCAAUAUCCGUCGCCCGGAUCUGAAGAGCUGCCCAGCACUUCGAGCAGCAGCCACCCCUUGCCUUACAUCGCCCACUUUCCGGACUUCGACCUGAAAACAUUUAUGCAGACCAAUUACAACGAAGAGCCCAGCAUGGAUAGCGAGUUCAGCAUUAACUCGAUCGAGUCUGUGCUUUCAGAAGUUAUCCGCAUUGAGUACCAGGCCUUUAAUAGCAUCCAGGCUCCAUCAUCACGGGUCAAGGAUGGGAGCGGAGGCCUCCCUCAGACGUCUUAUGGCGGAUGCAACCCGUCAGGAAACAGAAGUCACCAGACAAGCCUACAGCAACCCAUCUGCGCGCCAUCCAGCCAUCUAAUGGAUCGGGAACUGAACGAAGCGGAACAGAUGAAGCUGCGCGAACUUCGCCUGGCCAGUGAGGCUCUCUACGAUCCGGUGGACGAGGACCUCAGCGCCUUGAUGAUGGGCGACGAUCGCAUUAAGCCUGACGACACUCGCCACAAUCCUAAACUACUGCAGCUGAUCAAUCUGACGGCGGUGGCCAUCAAGAGGCUUAUCAAAAUGGCCAAGAAGAUAACAGCAUUCCGUGACAUGUGCCAGGAGGACCAGGUGGCCCUGCUCAAAGGCGGCUGCACAGAAAUGAUGAUAAUGCGAUCGGUAAUGAUCUACGAUGACGAUAGAGCUGCCUGGAAGGUACCACACACCAAAGAGAACAUGGGCAAUAUACGCACUGACCUGCUCAAGUUCGCCGAGGGCAAUAUCUACGAGGAGCAUCAAAAGUUCAUCACCACAUUUGAUGAGAAGUGGCGCAUGGACGAGAACAUAAUCCUUAUUAUGUGCGCCAUUGUCCUCUUCACCUCGGCUCGAUCUCGAGUGAUACAUAAGGACGUGAUACGAUUGGAACAAAAUUCCUACUAUUAUCUUCUGCGAAGAUACCUGGAGAGUGUCUACUCUGGCUGUGAGGCGAAAAACGCGUUUAUCAAGCUGAUCCAAAAGAUUUCAGAUGUGGAGCGUCUGAACAAGUUCAUAAUUAAUGUCUAUUUGAAUGUUAACCCAUCCCAGGUGGAGCCCUUGCUACGUGAAAUAUUUGAUUUGAAAAAUCACUAGAACGAUCGAUUCGUUUUACGAUUUUCGGGCAUAAAAUGCCUUGCCGAUGCCCAAUGAUGAUACAUUUAAUGAUAAUCAGCGAGCUGUAGUUGUUGUUGUUGUUUUAUUUUUUGUUAAUUGUACGUGCGCAUCGGCCUACUGGUGCAUGUCCGUGUUUUAUCUGUCGCUUGUAAUGUUAGAUUUUAAUCGAAUGUGAUUGUUAGAUUUGCAUAUACUUCAUAGAUUUUAUAUUUCUACAUCAAAGAGAGCAUAUUUAGGAUACAAAGUGCAAAGCAACACAAUCUAAAUGUAAUUUACACCAUUUAUCUAGUUUCAAAUAAACUAAACACUGAUGCAAUAAUAAUAAU